CUCAGAGAAAGUAAAGCAGAGAGAGAGAGUUAGUUUUUGCAGAAACGAGUUAACGUAUUUAAUUUUCACAACCUCCAACCCACCAACUUCUUUACUACCUUUUCUCCAAAAUAUUUAUACUUUCACCAAAUGGGUUCUUCACUUCCCUUACCAAACCCUAAAAACUAGAUUCUUUACCACUCACUACACUACAAACACUAACUUAUCUUCACAUUUAGCUCAUACCCACUUCACCAAUGGCUUCUAAUUGUUUGUUUGGUUUAAUUUUCUUGAUUUUCCACUUCAAAUUGCUCUCUGCCGACCAAAUUUCUGCUUUUUCUUUCCAAAGUUUUGGUAAAGAUUCUAACUUUGAGUCCAGUGUUGGUCUUUAUGGUGAUGCUAAAGCUGUUAGGAAUGGCUCUGUGCUUCAGCUUGCUGACUCAGUGAGUUACAGUGGUGGACGAGUUAUGUAUAAGAAGCCAGUUAAGGUGGUUGAAGGUAAGAAUUUGGUUUCUUUUUCGAGUUAUUUGGCUUUUUCUAUGUCUUCUGGUAAUGGAGAUGGUUUGAGUUUUGUUAUGGUUUCUGGUGGGUUUAAUGUUAGUAAGUUUGGUGAUAGAAGACCAUUUGGGGUUUCUUUGAGAUCAGUGAAGAAUAAUUCUGAAUUUGUUGCUGUUGAAUUUGGUACGAGAUUGGAUAAGAAUCAUGUAGGAAUUAAUGUGGGGGGGUUUGUUUCUAGUAAGGUGAAAAAUGGUUCAUUUGUUAAUUUGGUGUUGAACAAUGGGAAGAGAUUAAGCUCUUGGAUUGAUUAUGAAGCUGGUUCUAAAAGAUUAGAGGUUAGGAUUUCUCAUUUUGGUGAUAGAAAACCGAUAGACCCGUGGCUUAACUACCCGAUUGACCUUUCAAAACUGUGGAAAAAUGGGAAGUUUUAUGUUGGAUUGAGUUCAUCCAAUGGGAAUUCCUCUCAGACAAGUUCUGUAUAUUCCUGGACUUUCGAACAAAGGCGUGUUCCUCGUUGGAUGCAUUCUCAGCCGCUUGAUCCUCAGGCUUUUGUGAAAGAUGCAGAGCCUAUAGGUGUAGUUAACAAGAGGAGUAAUUGUUUGUUGAGAGUUCUUGCUGCUAUGAUCUUUGGUACUGCUUGCGGAGCGUUUGGGGCGUUUUGUGUGUUGUAUUUGUGGAGCAUCUUUGGUAAUAGGCGUCCGGUUGUGCCGGAGGAGUGUGCUAUGCACCCUGUGGAUUUUGAGUACAAGAAAGUUGUAGAGAAAGCCGUCGAAGAUGGCAAGCAGUAGAAUUGUUUUGAGGUAGGGUUCUUUUGGAUGAUUUGUGUUGUAAAUUCAGUGUCAUUUUGUGUACUUGUAUUUGCAGUUUUUGAUGUGUUGUUGUAACUGAUGAUUAAUUGUUUAAAUGUAGGGUUUGUUACAUAUUAUUGAUGGAAACAUUCAGAUUUUA